AUGUCCCACUCCGCCGCUGAAUUGCAAAAGCCUACGGGCGAGUACCGUCAAUACUUGCCCGACCUGAGUCUGAAGCGCUUCCAGGUGAUGCGCAAUCAGGAUGCUCACGAAUACGCUCAUGAUUUCAAGACGCUGAAGAACCCUCCGUGGCUGCAUGCGCUGUAUAUGCACUGGGUUGAUCUGCUGCAGGAACCCUUCAAGGGUGUAACCACCGAUGGAAAUGUUCGCCCCGGCUUGUUCACGCUCCAGGAUGAAGAUGUGCCCGUUGGCGACAUUGUUGAAUCCGUCCAGAACGUCCUGUCCCUUGCCGACGACAAGCAGCGCCAGGCGCUGUCCUACCACAUCGACUCCCCCGAAUGGCGGACCUGGUCAAACCCCGAAUUCCUUCUUGCCCACAAGGGUCUGCGUCUCGAUGAGAUUGACAACAAGCUGCGCGAUGCCAUCAUGAACGUCCUGAAGACCACCCUGUCGCCCGAGGGCUACGAUAAGGCCGUCAAGGCCAUGCGCAUCAACCACUUCCUCGGCGAGCUGGUGGAAUCUCCCAAGGUGAUGAACGAGUUCUCCUACAACUUCGUCCUUUUCGGUCGUCCCUCGACCACUCGGCCAUGGGGCUGGUCCUUCUAUGGCCACCACCUUUGCCUCAACAUCUUCCUGUACAAGAACCAGAUCGUCGCCUCCCCGUGGUUCACUGGCGCCGAGCCCAACGAGAUUGACGAUGGCCCGUACUCGGGUACUCGCAUCAUGCAGAUCGAAGAAGAGCUCGGCCUCCGACUGAUGCAAUCCCUCACCCCUGACCUUCAGCAGAAGGCCCGCGUAUUCGAACAGAUGCACGACCCCGCCAUGCCCCCAGGCCGCUGGAACCGCGAUGACCAGCGCCACCUGUGCGGAGCCUACCGGGACAACCGCGUCGUCCCUAACGAGGGUAUCACCGUCGAGGGAUUCACCGAGGAGCAGAAGAAAUUCAUGUACGGUAUUUUCGAACAAUACCUGCUGUACCUCCCCGCCCGGGCCCGUCAGAUGAAGCUGGACCAGAUCCGCCAAUAUGAAUCGGAGACGUACUUCUGCUGGAUCGGUGGAUACGGCGAUAGCGACCCCUUCUAUUACCGUCUGCAGAGCCCCGUGGUUCUGGUCGAGUUCGACCACCACUCCGGUGUCUUCCUCAACAACGAGGAGCCCAAGAAGUUCCACAUUCACACCUUGUUGCGUACGCCGAAUGCCGGAGAUUACGGCCAGGCUUUGCGGGCUCAGAUCCCCGCUGUGGAGGGACUUAAUGGGAAGGAGAUCGUGUGGGAGAAGUCCGCUCUGUGA